AUGCCCCAGGACCGAGUGGACGAGAUGACGUGGGAGGACUUCAAGACCGAGGUAUAUGACAAGUACAUCCCUAAAAGUUACCGCAAGACGAAGGCAGCCGAAUUCUACAACCUAACCCAAGGACGUCUAACCGUGACCGAGUACGACCGCGCGCUCUGUGACAUGACCCGCUAUGCGCCAGAACAGGCCGAUACUGACGAGAAGCUGGCCGAUAAGUUUCAUGAGGGCCUGAGACACGAGAUCAAGAUGGCAUUGGCCGUCCAUGGGAGACUUACAUACGCAGAGGCGCUGGCCCUCGCACUGGAUGUUGAAGCGGCGAUGCCUAAGGAGAGGAACACGGGGAACAUCAGCCCAGCACUACCUCCGCCACAGUACUCCCGGGAUAAAAGGAGAUGGGAUGAGGGAAGAACCCUAUACGACAACAAGCGAUACCGUCCCACACCGAGCCGAGCACCGUACGGAGGAGGGCAGACUUCAUUCAACCAGAGGAGUGACCCCCGAGCAAGACCGCCCCAAUGCAACGUAUGCGUCAAGUAUCAUUUUGGGGAAUGUAGGAUGCCGAACCCGAUUAGGUGUUUUAGCUGUGGGGGAAAUGGUCACGUCUCUAGGGAGUGUCCGAGUAGGAACGCGGGGAACGGGGGAAGGCAAAACCAUCAAGGAUUCCGUCAGCCGCCGAGAGCGCCACCAAUGGGACCGGGAGCGAACCGGGAUCAACCUCAGCGGCAGCAACAACCUUUCCGCCCAAGGCCUCCUGCCCAAGCAAGAGCAUACGCCGUGAAUCAGACGCAGCCCAGAAAUGAGCAAGGGAAGCACGAGAACGGAAAUUUGGUAGGUAUAGGCGAGAUCCUCGAUACCCCCAUCGUUAUAUUGUUUGACACGGGUGCAUCGCAUUCUUUUAUAUCUGAACUAUGUGUGCAUACCUUAAACUUGCCUGCUUGUAAAUAUCAACAUAGGAUGAUGGUGUCCUCACCAGUAGGAGGAACAGUAGAGAUUUCCCGAACUUGCUCGAACUUAGAAUUUGCCUUAGGAGAACGUAAGUUAGUCGGCAAUGGGAGACGUCGAUGUAAUCCUAGGAAUGGACUGGUUGACCGCGAACUUUGA